AUGGUAGGCCGUCAAUACGAUUGCUUGGUGAACCCUCUUGGGGCCGUCCGAUUCACUUUUGAGAAGGCCGUGGCUUCUGGUUCAGACCCGGCUUCUUUUGACCGCAAAGAUUGGGGAGUCGCCGAUCUCUUCCGGGAGUUCCUUUUUGACAGUGAUGGCCUCAGUCAGGUCCCAAUACUAACUCCGUCAACUGUUCAAUUGGCUCAACCAAACACUUUGGUUCGCUUUCGUGGUAUGAUACAAGACAUGCUGGGCAAUGAAUUUUAUGUUGGUGCUUACAAGAAUGAAGACACAUGGAAUACCAACAAGUUUACAGAUGUUUCUCAAUUUCCUAUGGGUACUUCACCCAAUAUGCGGGUCUGGGAGCGUCGUCUACUCUACUGUGUUCCUGUCCCUGGUCAGAAUUCAUGGGCAGAUUCUACUUCUGAGGGCGUAAUAUAUCCCUGUACAAACGUUGCAUCUGCAAACAGAGAGAAGCGACUGAGAGAAAACUGUUCUGUUUCUGCUGAUGUGGAUAUGCAAGACUCAAGUAACGAUUUGUCACUUCCUCCAUGUGCAAAGAAGAUGAGAGGUGAAUUUUCCCCAUCGGAAAACAUUACCGAGGGAACGGACUGUGGUACCAGUAUGGUGCUUGAUUCUGAUGGAAAUGAUUUUGCAUGUCUAGUGAAGAUAUAUGACUCUCCAGAGUCUGACUUGAAGCUAAAUGAUGUAUUUGAGUUUAUUGGUGUCCUUACAUAUGACACUGAGGUUAAAUUUGAUAAAGGUGGUGAUAAUGAACUAGCAAAUUCCUUCCCUGAAGAUGAAUCAGUCAAUCUACCUCCUAGCAAGGUGCCACGUCUUCAUUGUCUUGUACACAGAAAACUUUCAGUUGAUGAUAUGAUUUUAAGUUCACCAGCAAUGGAGCCAAAACCCCAUUUGGUGAAAGGAAUGCGUGAAUCCCUGUUGCGCCAUCUUACAGCAGUUCUGGGUGAUGAUGAGUUAGCAGCUCAUUUUAUGUUAUUGCACCUAUUGUCAAAGGUUCAUGCAAGGGUAGACUCAUUUGCAGUGGGGAAGCUAUCACUUAAUCUUACUGGUUUUGACAAAGCAAGUAUAUCUGUGUUUGGUAACCGUAUCAACGAUGCAGUGAAGAACCUUGUACCUUUCAGUCAUCGUAUGCCCCUCACAGUGGAAUAUCUCAACACCGCGUCACUUGCCCCAGUAAAGGAUUAUCAAACAAACAGACUUGUGUGUGGGGUUCUUCAGUGUGCAGAGGGCUCACACUUGACCAUAGACGAGACAUCAUUAGAAGCAGGGACUCUGAACAGUAAUGGUGUUGAAAAUACAAAAAUUCUCAAGGAUCUGAUGGAGUUCCAAAUGGUGGAAUAUGAUUUUAAAUAUUACAAAAUGAAGAUGAAUGCGGAUGUUCAACUACUGAUACUUUCAGAGGGAAAAUCAAACAUCAUACCAGCUGAUCUAGUUGUUCCUUUCCAUCCAUCGUCUGUGGGUCCCUUGGGAACUGUAGAUGCAGAAACAUUAAACGCGUGGAGAUGGUAUUUGGCUACUCUUAGAUCAUUGCCACAUUCUAUCGAAACAGAAAUGCAAAAGGUGGUAGAAGAUGAUAUGGUUGCAGCUAGACAAGCUGAUCGGAGUCUGGGCAGUGAGGAUUUUAGCAGAUGGCUAAGUAUGGGGCGGCUAAUGUCAGCGAGCUUUGGUGAGACGUGUUUAUCGCAUGAACACUGGCAAAUGGUGAAAGAAAUGGAAAGGCUAAGAAAAGAGAGGGUUCAAUGAGUGUUGAAUUGUGGAUCUGUUUUCUGAACUCACUUCACUUGUAUUUAUGAUCCUAACCUUAUAUGGUAUUGCCUUUUUGUGGGUUUUCUUUUCUAGUUAAUUUUGAAGCCAAUGAUUUUGC